ACUGACCGUAGAGGAAGAACGUUUCCGCGAGCAGAGCUCUGAGGCUCGCUCCAGUCAAGUGUGCGCCUCUUCCACCCGCGCGUUCACGAUACCGGCAUACUCACUGCAUGAUGGCCGAGGGAGGCGGACCCGAGCCGGGCGGCGCGGCAGACUCCGACUCUGAGCCGGUAGCAGCACAAAUGCCAACCCCUUCAACCGAAAAUCAAAAACAGACUAUUGGGUCACUUUUAAAGACGACUCUGAGAAAGGGCGACGAAUGGUAUCUAAUAGACAGCCGGUGGUUCAAACAAUGGAAGAAGUAUGUUGGAUUUGACAGCUGGGACAUGUACAAUGUCGGAGAACGUAGCCUCUAUCCAGGACCAAUUGAUAACUCCGGGCUUUUCUCAGACCAGGAGACUCAGGCCCUGAAAGAGCACCUUAUCGAUGAGCUGGACUAUGUCCUUGUACCCACUGAGGCAUGGAAAAAGCUUGUCGGCUGGUACAGCUGUCUUGAGGGCCAGAGACCCAUCGUCAGGAAGGUUGUUGAACAUGGCAUGUUUGUCAAGCACUGUAAGGUGGAGGUCUAUUUGCUGGAGCUGAACUUGUGUGAGAAUGACAACAUGGACAAUGUUGUCACGCGUCAUUUCAGUAAAGCUGAUACUAUAGACACUAUAGAGAAGGAGAUGAGAACGCUGUUCAAUAUCCCAACGGAGAAGGAGACACGGCUCUGGAACAAAUACAUGAGCAACACCUAUGAGCAGCUGAACAAGCCAGACAGCACUGUACAGGAUGCUGGUCUCUUCCAGGGGCAGGUGCUUGUGAUUGAGCGGAAGAAUGAGGAUGGCACAUGGCCCAGACAAGCCUCCCAUCCCAAAUCCAGUACUACCCCCUCUAGGAAUUUCACUACCUCCCCAAAACUCUCCUCCAACUCAACAGCCAGUAUCUCGUCAACGGUAACCAAUGGAGACAGCAGUUGUAGCCCUGGCUACACACUUAAUAACAGCACAUCCUCUGGCAACAGAUUGGGGGGCUACAAUUCAUACAGCUCGUCCUAUAACUACAGAGAGUCGCAGUCACAGCCCGGCCUGUGUGGUCUCAGUAAUUUGGGCAACACAUGCUUCAUGAACUCUGCCCUCCAGUGCCUGAGCAAUGCAUCUCCACUCACAGAAUACUUCCUCAAUGACCAGUAUGAGGCCGAGAUUAACCGAGAGAAUCCCCUGGGAAUGAGGGGAGAGAUUGCAGAGGCCUAUGCAGAUCUAGUGAAGCAGAUGUGGCUGAGCCGCAGCAGCUAUGUGGCCCCUCGUACCUUCAAAACCCAGGUCGGACGUUUUGCCCCCCAGUUUUCAGGCUACCAGCAGCAGGACUCCCAGGAGCUGUUGGCCUUCCUGCUGGAUGGUCUCCAUGAAGAUCUGAACCGUGUCAAGAAGAAGCCUUAUCUGGCCCUGAGGGAUGCAGAGGGCCGACAAGACGAGAUCGUUGCUAAGGAAGCCUGGACGAACCACCGCUUGCGCAAUGACUCUAUUAUAGUUGAUAUUUUCCACGGCCUCUUCAAAUCCACUUUGGUGUGCCCAGAGUGCUCCAAGGUGUCGGUAACCUUUGACCCAUUCUGCUACCUCACACUGCCUCUUCCCAUGAAGAAGGACCGUACUAUGGAGGUUUUCCUGGUGCGAUCCGACCCUCAGUCCAGACCCACACAGUAUCGAGUGGUGGUCCCCAAACUGGGAGCAGUGACAGAUCUGUGCAGCGCCUUGUCCAAACUCUGUGGAUUCCCUCCUGAAAAUAUGGUGGUGGCUGACGUUUACAAUCAUAGGUUCCAUAAAAUCUAUAGACGGGAUGAUGGUCUCAACCAAAUCAUGGAAAAAGAUGACAUCUUUGUGUAUGAGGUACAGGAAGAGGACAGCGAGUGGAUGAACCUGCCUGUUUAUUUCAGGGAGCGCCACUCCAAGCAUGCCGGAAGUUCCUCAAGCACCAUGCUGUUCGGCCAGCCUUUACUCAUCACUGUGCCCAGACACAACCUCACAGCAGACGUUCUCUAUGACAAGAUCCUAGAGAGAAUUGGGCGUUAUGUUAAAAAAUCUCAGAGCACUAUCAGUGAAAGCAGGGCCUCGGCCUCAGCCUCAGCCUCAGCCCCGGCCUCAUCCUCAGCCUCGUCCUCGGCCUCGUCCUCAGCCUCAGCCUCAGCUUCAGCCUCGGCCUCAGCGACCUCUGCCAGCUGCAGCCAGGCUCCUGAAUGUUCCACAUCGUCAAGUCUCAAUGCCAGCCUGGGUGGCUGUGGCAGCCCCCUGUCAGAUGGGGCCUCGUGCAGUGCCAGCUCCAGUAACGGCAGCAACCACUCAGGGACCUGCAAUGAAACCAAUGGGUUAUAUGAUGGUGAGGAGGAAGCCAUGGACCACCAGGUGAGUCCAGAGCCAGAGAACGGCCAGUCUGAAGAGGACGAAGAAGAGACCUCCGACUUGGAUAACGUGUCUAAAGGAGACUCAGCCAAGCAGCGCUCUUCACCAAACAAGCUCUUCACUUUCAGCAUAGUCAACUCUUAUGGAACCGCUAACAUCAGCCCGCUGCCCUGUGAUGGAAAUGUCCUCAAACUCAAUCCACAUUCCACGGUGGCGAUCGACUGGGACACAGCAUCAAAGAAACUGUGCUAUGAUGAACAGGAAGCAGAGGCCUAUGAGAAGCAUGAGAGCAUGCUCCAGGCCCAGAAGAAGAAAGCCACUGUGGCUCUGAGGGAAUGCAUCGAGCUCUUCACAACAAUGGAGACACUUGGAGAACACGAUCCAUGGUAUUGUCCAACGUGUAAGAAACACCAACAGGCCACAAAGAAGUUUGACUUGUGGUCGCUGCCUCGCAUUCUGGUAGUUCAUCUAAAGCGAUUCUCCUACAACCGGUGUUGGAGGGACAAGCUGGACACAGUGGUGGACUUCCCCAUCAAGGAUCUGAACAUGUCCGAGUUUGUGUGCGACCCAAAGGCCGGCCCCUACGUCUAUGACCUCAUCGCCGUGUCAAACCACUACGGAGGAAUGGGAGGGGGUCACUACACAGCUUAUGGCAAGAAUAAAGUCGAUGGAAAGUGGUAUUACUUUGAUGACAGCAGUGUCUCCUCUGCCUCAGAGGACCAGAUUGUGACUAAAGCAGCCUAUGUGCUGUUCUAUCAGCGCAGAGACGAGGAAGCCCCCUCCAAACCUCAGCCCUCGGCCUCACUGGGCGGAGCCCCAGAAGCAGCCGAUGACCACAUGGACACAAACUGAGGAGCCCUCACGCGAAGGGACACGCACUGAAACAUAUAUGGCAAAUAGAGACACUCGGACGCACACACAGAGCUACUUUAGUGACAGAGGACUCCACAGACUUAACAUUAUUAACCCUACCUUCCCCGUAUUUUAUUUGAUUUCUGUCUCGAAUGUUGUCAACUAGAGCCAACAGCCUUGUCAGAAGAGUGACCUGAGAGACUUCUUCCCUGCAGCAGAUGGCCUACUGAUUUCUAAUCAUAGUUUACUAGUCUGGAGCUAAAGAGGAGUAUGGAUAUAGAUCCUCUCACUGGAUGAACAGAAUGUUAGAAGUGCCCUCAAAUGCGUAGAUAAACAAAUGUUUCUGUUGCCCACAACAACAGUCGGAAAUAUUAAAAAAAGCCAAAUGCACAUGUUGUUUCAACCAAAGCGUUCCAAGGUUUUUAUGAUGAAAUAUAACAACUGUUAAGACAUUAGAAGGAGACUGGCAUUGUGCCUAGAUCUAUCUGAUAAUCGUGCUGAGGUAAAUGCAGACUCUUGCCAGUGUGAUGUGCACACAGAACAAUACAUGCCAUGCUUGUUGAAAGAAUCCUGUGACCUUAUUCCACCUGCAUAGAGUGGAUCACUGAUGGGGAUCUUGCUGCUGCACACUAGCUUUGGCAGUUGUGCCCCCGGGCUGCCGGAUCUGUGUUGAAAUCUAAACCACAGGGAGGAUGUCUUGUUUUAAGGUUUAAGAUCUGCUUCUUGGCAUGAUUUGUGGCAGAAGCAGUUUUCCUUGUUCUUGUUCAGCCAUCUUUUCUCUUUUUUUUUGUUUGUUUGUUCGGUGACUCACAGAACUGGCUCUGCUGCCUCUCGGACCCUAAACUUAUGAGAGGACUCUCACCCUGACUACGAUUUUUAUUGACUUUUUUUUUUUUUUUUUUUUUUUUUUUUUUUUGUCAUGACAAUGCAAAAGCGGCCUUUUGAUUCCUGCAUCCUGACUUAAAAGGGGGCACUUUGAAUUCUCCAUGCGUACAUUAUCUACCUGCUUCUGGUGCAUCAAGACAUGACAGGAUUGUAUGAUUUGGCCUUAGCAUUAAGGGUUAUGGUCUGUCAUACACUUCCUAAUCAUUUUAAUGUGUCUUAUAAGCAUAUUUUGAUUAUUGCCUGAUCAGACCCCUGGCUCACCUGCAAUGGCUUGUCCUUAUUAGUCUCAUACAUUAAUGCAGCUCUGUAUUGAAAUGGCUAUGUUAUUUGAUAUCUUAAAAGCACACUGAGUGAAGCAAAAAUAAACUAGAAUAAAAGUGGUGCUUUCAUUGAUGAAACUUGAACUUGCUCCCUUUCAUUGGGAACAAUCUCCCUGUGUCAUCAGAUGGGGUCGGGGCAGCAGUACCGUGACAGCUUUCCCACUGAGUGCAGGCAUUUGCUCCCAGUGAUCCCAGUAAACCACUCUGUCAAUUAAAAUGAGGCAACGUUGUCUCUGUUGGUGGAAUAAGAGAAGAAUCCCUUUGUUGCAUCUUAACGGGGUCUUUGCAGACACACAAGUAUCCCAGGAAGCAGUAAUACCAGGUGUCUUUGGGUGAAACCAGAUGGCAGUUAGAACUUAAUGGAUCUUUUCCCAUAAGUCUUGUUCUGUGGCAUAAAUUCUGCACUUUGUCGCAUUACAGCAUGUUGAUAUGAAGGGUCUCCAAGUGCCCUUUUUCUGGUUGGUCCUGCCCAUCAUGUCGUUCACAGAUGACUACCUAAAUAUAAUCAUUUAAGCCUAUGCUUAGAAAAGCUUUACAUCAUAUUUGUAACCCUAGAUACUUAGUUGAAAACAAAAUCCAGCUGCCAACGGCAGCGAAUCUUGUUUUCUCUCUUAAUCACGACAGCAAUUCAAACUCAAAAAAAUAACCUAAGACAUGUAAAUAAUCAGACUAUUGAAAAUAGGUGUAAAAAUUCUUGUCAUCAUAUUUAUCUUAUUGCCAAUAUCUACAGUAUUUGUUUUUAACUGAGAAAUAUUUGAAUUCAAAGUACAAUAAAGACUGGAGG